ACGUUAAAACAGAGAAACGAAAAAGUUGGCCACACACCAUUUAAAAAGCUCGGCAAAAGUUGAUUAACAGAGACGGACGGGAGGGGCUGGUAGAGUUAAAUUUUCUCUGUAUUCUGUAGACAAACAAUAAUAUAAAAUCUUGUUUGUUUACAAGAAUGAGAUGCGAGAAAAGGAAAAAAUGGCCCAGUUUCGAUUCCCCUGGAAUCUCCCUCCGUAUAGCAGUCAUGGUGGCUAUAGUAGUUGCCAGCACUCUCGUCCUCCGUUUUUGCGGGCAUUUGCUGAUAAGGGCAAAUGAGCUGGGAAGGAAUUGUUUUCAGUUACCUCCGUAUGAUUGCAAACGUAGGCAUUUCAAGAUUGCAAUGGUGACUUUAUCGGAUGACGCGGAGAGCAUCCCGGACAGAUCUUUUGAGGGUAUUAUGAAAAUGGUCGAGCCCAACAAGAGAAAUUAUGCUUACAAGCAUGGCUAUGAUUUCAUUGAUGCCACCAUUGUGUUGGACAUGCAGAGGCCUCCCAGCUGGAGCAAGGUUUUGGCCGUUCGUGCUUUUUUGCCUCAUUAUGACUGGGUUUUCUGGAAUGACGCGGAUUCUCUUGUGACAAAUCCAGACAUUGCUUUAGAAGAUAUUUUAUAUUCCAUUGCAGGAAACAUGGAGUAUGAGAGGAUGCCCAAUUUCAUUCUCACUAAGGAUGUUACUGGUGUAAAUGCUGGCAUGUUCUUUUUCCGCAACUCUGAAUGGAGCAUGGAAUUUUUGGAUUUGUGGUGGAAUCAAACUAGCUUUAUUCGCCCCUUUGGGGAAAGUAAAAGUGGAGAUAAUGAUGCUUUGAAACACUUAAUCAAAAACAUGCCUGUUGAUGAAAUGAAGCAGAAUGUUUACAUACCAGAAAUGCAAUGUAUUUUCAAUUCUUACCUUUGGACACCUUCAUGGAAAAGUAGCCACCGGUUAAUGACCUUGACAAGAACUGUUUGGAAAGGUACCUACUCGAAAGGGGACUUUAUGGUUCAUUUAGCAGGUUUGGAUGACAAGAAGAAGUGGAUAAAGAAAAUUCUUAGAGAUCUUGAGGUUGAGAAUGCCUUAGUCAAGGACAAAAUGAUGUAGGCAUAUGCAAUUGUUUUCUGCUUCCUUUUUAAAUUACUUAAGCAUAUAUAUUUUUGAUUGGAUGUAAAUCCAACAAAAUGUAAUCAUUUUUCUUACUGCUGUUGUUGAGGGAAGCAUAAUGCUGUGAGCUUCCAUAUCAAGAUGUAUGAUUAGUCAUUUUGAUGAAGGUUCUUUAUUAUUUAUAAAAGAGCAUAUGAGGGUUACUUUGGGAAAAAAGGCAUCCUAAAGGAAUUUGUUUCUAGUUAGGAAAGAUGCAACAAUUUUAGGAAAUACAAGAUUCGGCCUCUUCUCAACCAUUAUGAUUAUUUUUACACACUUGUAAGUUUGAACACGAUUCCUCAAUAAUUUCUCUACUUGAUUAGAAUGUCACAUUUUUAUUGUAAAACUUUGAUGUUAGGGUCAAACUAAAUUAUUACAAGUCUAUCUUGCAUUAGGAUCUGUUGAAUAUUUGACAGUCACAAUCCUUGGUGGAUAUUUUGUUGUCAAAAACUUCUUACACCAAGUUGCACAUUGCUAGCUCAUCUUGGGUUCCUUGGAAAUUGUUCAACAUUUGACAAGCAAGCCAUGUUUGGUUGUAAAAUGGUGACUACAGUAGAAGGUAAGCAUAGGCCAUUAUCAAAAGUCUCUGUUUCCUCAUAUCUCGUAAAUAACAUUAUUUUGAAUUGUGCUCAACUAUUAGUUCUCAUU